AUGUCUCAACGAUGUCUGGUCGAGCAAUGUGUUCGUACAGCACGUGGACUGUGUGAUUGUUGCCAGCAAAAUCUUUGUUUACAACAUUUGAAUGAACAUAAUGCUUUACUCAUUUCUCAACUGAAUCCGUUAGCUGAUGAAAUUAAUGCACUUGGGAAUCGUCUUCAAACACUAAAUAUUCAAAAACCAAUUAGCAAUAGUCGUCUAAAACUUGAACAAUGGCGUCAACAUUGUUAUAAGACGAUUGAUUCUUAUGUUGAACAAAAAUGUCAAGAACUUGAUCAACUUGUUCAUGAAACAGUUGUCAAACAACGAACAGAAAUCAAUCGAAUACAACUGAAGAUAACUGAACUGAUAAAUAGACAAGAAACAACUCGACAAAAUAUCGAUUCACUGACAUCAACCAUUCGUCAAUUGGAAACAAAUAUAAACAACAUCGAGCAAAAGUGUUUUACGAUCAAUACUCGUCCAUUAGUAAUAGAUGAAACGCUUGUUUCGUUUUGGAAAACAACUGACCAUGAACUUGAUCUGUCAACUCUUUGGCCUGUCUACAAAACCAUUACUAGUCCCAAGGGCAGUUGUGGAUCAGUAACUGGCAAUGAUCGAUAUUUGUUGAAACACCAAGAACCCAAUUUAUGUUUAUUUGAUCUAGAAAUGAAUUUAGUCAAGCAAACCUUAUGGUCUUAUGGUGGAAUUCAUGACAUGUGCUGGUCGUCAACAUUAGAUCGGUUUAUUGUACUUGGAAAAAAUAACAUCUUUCUAAUUGAUGAAAAUACUAUGUCAAUUGAUAAUGUGCAUACAAUUGAAGGACGAGACUGGGGAUCGUGUACAUGUUCUGAUACAGUUCUGUUUGCAUCCAUAAUUGAACGUGCUUCAUCUAUUAUGGAAUUCAGAUUAUUAGCAACAAUUGAAUUGAUUAAAGAAUGGAAAUAUCCUUUUACAUGUACCAAAAACGAAUUUAUCGCUGAUAUCAUUUACAGCAACGAAAAUCUUGCUCUGAUAGUUAUGAAUAACUCCGAAAAAUUAGUGCGCAUUGAAUUAAGAUAUGUCAAGACGUUUGAUCGCAUUUGGUCAUUUGAAACUGAUAUUAAAUGGAUCCAAAAUAAAAUAUUUCGCUGUUGUUCACUCCCUUGUAAUGAAUGGCUGAUUGUCGACUACGAAGCUGGAUGCCUGCUGCACAUUACAAAAGAUGGAAAAAUGAAGAAAAUAAUUCGUUAUUAUCCGGCUCCCUACCGUGCUACUCUGUUCGACCUGAAUAAGCUAGCUGUAUCAACUAUGGAGGAUGUUAGACUACAUACAAUUCAAUAA